AUGUCCAUUCAUCAAUGGGUGACGCCCCUCGAGGGACUGGAUAGUCUCCGCCAGACGGAGGCGCCAAUGGCGUCCCCGGGAGACGGCGAAGUGCUGGUGAAGAUUCACGCCGUGUCGCUGAAUUAUCGGGAUGUGGAAGUGACCAAGGGAGAAUACAAACAUCACAAGACCGCCGAACAGAGCGCGACUAUCGUGCCUUGCUCGGACAUGUGCGGCGUCGUCGUGCAGGUUGGUUCCAGCGUAACCCGCUGGGCCGUGGGAGAUCGCGUUCUAUCGACUUUCCUCGCUGAACAUCAGACCGGCCAGGUCACCGAGAAGGAAUUGGCGGGGAGUCUUGGUCUCCCGCUGAACGGAGUGCUGGCUACUCAUCGGGUCUUUCCUGAGUAUGGACUCGUGCAGGCGCCGAGCUACAUGUCGGAUGAAGAGGCCUGUACACUGCCUAUUGCGGCUGUCACGGCGUGGAUGUCGAUCAAUGGGAUGAGGCCGAUAGGUCAGGAUGGUGGUCGGGAUGAGUAUAUUCUGCUUCAGGGGACGGGUGGUGUGGCGAUUGCUGGGUUGCAGAUUGCCAAGGCUGCUGGAGCGAAGGCGAUUAUUACUUCUUCCUCGGAUGCAAAGUUGGAACAAGCCAAACAGCUCGGCGCCGACUAUACCAUCAACUACCGCACCACGCCCAACUGGGAAGAAAAGGUCAUGGACUGGACUCAGAACCACGGCGCGGAUAUCAUCCUCGAGACCGGUGGUGCCCAGACGCUGCGAAAGAGCUUUGAUUGCAUCGCAUUUGGUGGUCUCAUCGACUGCAUCGGUUACGUCUCCGGCAAGGUAGAUGCCGGGGAUGACCGGUUGAAUGUGAACCUCUUGGCUCUGCGGCGGACGGUGACUCUGAAGGGCAUUAUUAAUGGACCGAAGGAUCGGUUUGAGGAGAUGAUCCGCUUCUAUGAGAAGCAUCAGAUUCGGCCCGUGGUGAAUCGGGUGUUUUCCUUUGUGGAGGCGAAACAGGCCUUCAAGUUCCUUGAGAGUGGGAGUCACUUUGGGAAGGUGGUGAUUAAAGUCCAGGCAUAG